AACAGUUGCACCUGGGUUUAACAAUUGCACUCACAAUUAUUAUAGCUGAACAGCUCUACGACGGGAACAGAAAAAUAAGACAACCUUCAACAAGGUGGGCGAAAAAUGGCCGUUGAAAAAGGUGGAAAAGGUGAAUUUAAGGUGAAUUUAAGGUGCCUUAAAUAGCCAGUAACCAGUAACCAGGCCAGGAUUUUGUCAAGAGAGAACGAGACUCGCACGGAAACAAAUGUCAAGCAAAUGAGCUACAACCCUGCGUUUGUUGUACAGUGAUAAUCGAUAAAAUAUGCGCAUAUGCGCGCAAAAAGGAAACAUAAAAAAUAAAAUAAAGAGAAAAAAAUGGGCUGCGCGGCAGUGUAGCAUUGUUUUGGCUUUGAGGUUAAGGAUCCGAGUUCGCUGUAAAAAAGGGAAAUUUCUAACUCUUUGAAGAAUUUUCAUGGAUUUCGUGAAUAUAGUGAUUAACAAUAAUCUAAUAGAGCAUUCAAGAGCUAAUAGAGAUUUCAAGUCCUUUGAAACAUCCUCCGUCGUUCUCGUUGGAAAAAUAGGCAGAAAAAUGACGAACCGUGAAAUCUGAAGUGAACCAUCCAGAGAAUGUAGAAAUCAGAAAACAUAAUUUAACAUGCUUUUCCUUUCAAGCAAAAAGAAGGGCCUUGAACAACUAAAAAGAAUUCCACAUCCUUUUGUAACACUACGAGACCUAUCCAUUUUCAAACACGAAAACUCUGAUGUACACUCGAUCAUAGGAUCGCGUUAAACGCAAAAUAUCUGCCUUCUAGAGUGCAAUUUCACACUGUGCUCUGGGAAAGUCUAAAUUGUUGCGUGUUCACGUUCACGUCGAAUUGUCCAAACCUAGUUUCAAGUAUUUUUAAGUGAAAAGAAAUAUUAAACACAGAUUUGAAGAAUCAUCAGAAAAAUGUCUGUUUUGGGUGCCAAUUAUGAUUAUCAUCGAACGCUGGAUGUUGAGCGCAAUGAUCGCUGCACUUGUUGUGUACGUACUAUGAAAUGGUUUCCGGUAUUAUUCAUCGUUUCGGUGAUUGGAUGGUCAUACUAUGCGUUCGUCAUACAAUUGUCUUUCUUUACCGUAACCAGCGUGGGGCAGAGAAUUCUUUUUCUUUUGUUCUAUCAUAUCGUUUUGGUGAUGUUUCUCUGGUCAUACUAUCAAACAGUUUUUACUGAAAUUGGCCGUGUACCUGCUAGGUUUAGGGUACCUCGUGCCGACCUGGAUCGUCUCAUCCGGGCGACGAACGAGGAAGAGCAAAAACAGAUCCUGGAAGCAUUUGCCAAGGAACUUCCAGUAGUGACGCGGACAUUAAAUGCUUCGGUGCGUUUUUGUGAAAAAUGUCGACUAAUAAAACCCGACCGAGCGCACCAUUGUAGUGUUUGCGGUGUAUGUGUGCUCAAGCUAGACCAUCACUGCCCAUGGGUCAACAAUUGUAUAAACUUUAGCAAUUACAAAUAUUUCAUACUAUUCCUGGGUUAUGCUUUAAUAUACUGCUUGUAUAUCGCAUUCACAACCGUUGCUUAUAUGGAAUUGAUAUGGACGGUGAGUUAUGCAAUCUUUACACUUUUACUUGCGCUUCAAUUUCAACCGCUUGUGUAUAUUCAAUUGCAGGGAAAAAUCGACGGUAGGUUUCAUAUACUGUUUCUGUUUUUCGUCUCAGUGAUGUUCGCAAUCAGUUUAGUCAGUCUCUUCGGAUAUCACUGCUAUCUUGUUUUACUGAACAGAACUACAUUAGAAUCAUUUCGAACACCCAUCUUUCGCUAUGGAGGCCCUGACAAAAAUGGUUUUAGUCUCGGCAAGAUAAGUAAUUUCCAAGAAGUUUUUGGCGAUGAUAGGCGAUUGUGGUUCUUUCCCGUUUACACCAGCCUCGGGGAUGGAAUGUUAUUUCCCACUCAGUCGCACCAUUUAGUGUCGCUCGCGAAUGAGGCUGCUUCGCCGGUAGCGACUGUUGCCACUGGUAAUCAGUCUUUUUGCAACGGAACGGUCGUAAAUACCUCCGUUGCGAUAGUGUCCCCGAUUCCUCAAACUCAGGCUGAUUUUAAAGACAUGGGAGACGGCAUCGUUUAUCCCAUGCGAUGUUAUGAUGAGGAUUCCGAAGCACUACUUGGCGGCGAACACCAUCAAACGGCAGCAGAAGCUGUUGAGCCUGGAACUCUUCGCGACUUAGAGACAGCAACAUUUUUGAAUGAGUAUGUUAACCUAUAGCAGUGUCAAUCUAUCUAUUACAGAGAGUGGAAAAAGUACUCCAUCCAUCCAUAAGCAAAUGCUAUGCUCAAACAGUUUCUUUCAGUAAUGACACAAAUGUGUUAAAAGAGUGAAAUUCCACCUGCUGAUUUUAAGUAUGUGUACUUGCCAUGGAAAAGUAAUUUUCCAAUGAGGUAAUAGUUAUUGUCAUCGCUUGAUUAUUCAUUUAGUUGCUUUGCUUUUAAAGACAUUUUUAAAGUACAAGUUAAUUCGUAAAAAUCAAGUUUUGUACUUACACUAAAUAUCCUAAUCUACGAUUGUAUGAAGUCACCAAUCAUGACUACAUAUAGUUUAACGUUAAUAAGUUCUCUGGUAAUAAAACUUGUAAACUCGGAACAUUUAAACAAAUGAAUAAAAUAU